GCACUGUCGUCGCGUGUGGAUGACGUCACUGAGCCAUUGGCGCCAUGUCCUUCAAAUUUGAAAAUCCGACGGCGGCCACAUACCGUUUGUGGACUGGAGGGACGAGAGAACAAACAAGAGGACCGCGUCAAGCGUUGUUGUAGUUGACGGGCGACUAUCAACGAAAUGUCUUGGGACUUUUUCGUGCCCGUUUGCGUGGGCGACCUGGUCAAGAGUGGGGGAAUUAACCAGUACGUCGUGCAAGAUGUGGUCCCUCCAAAACAGCUACAGUCCUAUCUUAACAGAUUCAAGGCAGCCCUGAGAAGCCAAGGGCCUUUGUGUAUCCUGGAACACUUUGACACAGCCUACAGUGUAUUACAGCAUUCUCAUUCAGUGGACAUGAGUGUAAAGGAGGACACUCUGGAAUUGCUGGUGCAAGUUGUUAACAGCCUGGCGACUUCCCUGCCAGCACUGCUCCUCUCCACCUCUGUUUCGGCAGCAGAGCGCAAGGAAAAGCUCAACGCUGUCAAAAUGAGCGUCUUUCUGCUCUGCAAAAUGACAGAGUGCCUUGAAAGCGAUUCCUACAGGCAGAGUAUUAUUACGGCACCUGGGAAGGGUGGAAAAAAGACCAAAACUGGUGAGGGACCUCUGCAGUGGGACAGCGAGAGAGAGCGAGUUCUUCAGGCUCUUGUGCAGCUCCUCCAGUUGGAUAUCCGUUCCCUCUGGAACCUCUCUCUAGUAGAGGAAGAGUUCACCAGCUGUGUCACCUGCUGUUGCUAUAAGCUACUGGAGAACCCAACUAUCAGCCACGUCAAGACAAAACCCACCAGAGAUGGUAUUAUCCAUCUGCUAGGAGUGCUGCUCAAGAAGUACAAUCACCUCCUAGGUGCAAGUGUGAAGGUGAUCCAGUUGCUGCAGCACUUUGAGCAGUUGUCCUCGGUCUUUGCGCAGGCUCUGUGUGUAUGGAGCACGGAAUAUGGAAUGAGAGCAAUAAUAGGAGAAGUAAUAAGGGAGAUUGGCCAAAAGUCAAGUGAGGAGCUUGCCAGAGAGGGGUCGGGGGUCAAAGCAUUUGCUGCUUUCCUCUCUGAACUCGGUGCACUCUUACCAGAAUUACUGAUCCCGAACAUCAGUGUGCUUAUUACACACCUGGAAGGAGAGAGCCACACAAUGCGUGUAGCUGUGUGUGAGGUUUUGGGAGAGAUCCUGGUACGUGUCCUGUGCGGAGACGGACUGGAUGAGUCUGGCAAAGCUGACCGUGACCGAUUCUUUGAUACGCUGCAAGAGCAUCUGCACGACACCCAUUCCCACGUCAGAGCUCGUGUCUUGCAAGUGUACACGCGUAUCGUCAACAGCAAAGCGUUGCCACUGUGUCGAUACAGUGAGGUGAUGGGCCUCGCUGUGGGGCGCCUGAUGGACAAAUCCAUCAAUGCAGUGAAGAGCGCCAUCCAAUUGCUGGCAGCCUUCAUCGCACACAACCCCUACAGCUGCAAGUUGAGCAGCACAGAUCUGAAAAAACCUCUGGAGAAAGAGAUGGCAAAGCUUAAGGAGAUGAAAGACAAACAGAAGGGGGACACGCCAGUGGCGGUCAUUCAAGCCUCAGAGCUGUGGGCUGCCAUGGAGCCUGAGUUGCACGUCACCGUCCAGAAAGAGCUGGAGCAUUCAGGCGACGCCGUGAGGAAACAAGAAUAUGAAGAGGAAGAGGCUGUUCAGGAUGACGACAGAGCCACAGCAGUGAAGAUAGCUCAGUACCUCCGGGUCAAUAAGUACAGGAAUGCGGUGCGCCUUUGUGUAAAAGCCCACAGUUGCUUCCCCGAAUCAGAGAUCUUUGCUGCUCUGUCUACUCUCUCCCCAGAGACGCUAAUGAACACAAUGUCUCUACUCUUCAAAGGCUCUGAUAAGGAUGCUCCUGAGCCAAGCCACAACUUGUCCCCCACUCCAUGUAAAGAAGGCAAUCAAGAGGCGGAGGAUGCUGAGCUGAAGAAGCAGGAGAUGUUGGUGCAGUACCUUAGAGAUACAGAAACGUUUGCUCUUCAGGUGGAGAGAGCCAUCUCGGUCAUCAACUCGAUGCUCUACUGGAAAACCACUUCAGUCGUUCAGGAGGCAGUGCAGUUUUGCGUAACAGUGUGCGAGUUCAGUGUCGCCAACUCUCUCAGCGGCGUGAGGAAGAUGUUGCCAUUGGUUUGGUCAGCUGACGCCGCCAUCAAAGAUGCUGUUGUCCAGGCCUAUAGGCACCUCUAUCUGAACCCCAAAGGAGACAACACCAGGAUGAAAGCUCAAACUCUUGUGGAUAGUCUUUCUGAACUGAUGGUGGACGCCUCUCUGGGGACAAUUCAGUGUCUUGAGGAGAUUGUGCAAGAGUUCUUCGGCAGCGGCAGUAGUCUGGAGUCGAGUGUUGUGCAGGUUCUAUGGGAGAGGUUUACUGGUAAAACGGAAACCUCUACACUAUACAAACGAGCUGCGGUCCUCCUGCUAGGCAUGGCUGCACGGGGUGAAAGGGAAGUGGUCCUGAGUAAUUUAGACACCCUUUGUUCUGUGGCUUUGGGCGAAAAAGUGACUGAGGACUUCCUUCUGGCGAGGGAUACCAUUAUUACCAUCUGCAACAUCACUGACCAUGUUAGGCAAUCCAGAGGUGCCCCUUUCAGACUGCCUCAGGAACAUCAACUCUUUACCUGCCUCACUCAAGCAAUUGCUGAAGGUGCCAUGAUGGAGGACCCUCACUGGCAGAGCUUCAUGGAGCAAGCCGUCCGCCUCAUCUACUUUCUGGCUGAAUCUCCUGACCAGCUGUGCUCCCGGCUGCUCCAGCGCACCACUCGACUCCUGUUAGAUCAAAUCGCAGAAGGCGAGCAGGUCAACAAGGAUGGCGAACAAAUACAAGAAGGCUCUCAAGAAUUUGGUCAACAAGUGAACUGCGUGUGUUUGGCUCAACUGCUGGCUCUUUGUGGUAGCGUGGCCUUCUGGCAGGUGUCACACCUCGAACGCAGCGUGAGCACUGAGCUGCGGAGACGCAGAGGAGAGACAGAGGAGAGGGAGGAGAAAGAAAAGGGACCAUCCACCAAAGCUAAGCAAACCGCCAAUGACAGCACAAUAGAGGAGGAUCUCGGCUUGGUCGGCGCCUCUGCAGAAGACACAGAGGCCGAGCUCAUUCGCAAGAUUUGUGAGACCGAAUUACUAGCUGAGGAGAACCUCCUGUGUGCAUUCCUUCCCUUGCUGGUGAAAGUCUGCAGCUCCCCUGGACGCUAUUCCCACCCACAGCUCACCACUGCUGCCUGUCUGGCCCUGUCACAGUACAUGAUGAUUAGUCCGACUGUUUGCGAGGAGAAUGCCCGUCUAAUGUUUACAGUGUUGGAGCGCUCUACUCUUCCUGUCGUCAGGGCCAAUGCCAUCAUUGCCCUGGGAGAUCUCACGGUCCGCUUCCCUAAUAUUUUGGAGCCCUGGACACAGAAUUUAUAUGCCAGGCUCAGUGACGAGGUGCCCUCAGUGAGGCAGACGGCUGUGACGGUGCUGACACAAUUGGUGCUAAAGGAUGUCCUUAAGGUCAAGGGGCAAGUCAGCGAGGUGGCCGUGCUGCUAAUUGACCCCCAGCCUCACAUCGCCAGCCUGGCCCUCAACUUCUUCAAUGAGCUGGCUACCAAGGACAAUGCAAUUUACAACCUGCUCCCGGACAUCAUCAGUCGUCUGUCUGACCCCGAGAGAGGCAUGAGCUCUGAUGACUUCAACACUAUUAUGAAGCAACUCUUCUCCUACAUCACCAAAGAGAGGCAGACUGAAUCACUGGUGGAAAAACUGUGUCAGCGCUUCAGGACUGCCAGGACGGAGCGCCAGUGGUGCGACUUGGCCAUCUCUCUGUCUCUGCUGUCCAUGUGUGAGCGUGGCUUCAAGAGGCUACAGGAGUGCUGGGAGUGUUACAGCGACAAGCUGACCGAGUCCGGUGUCUACCAGCCUCUGCUCGCCAUCACCGCCAAGCUGCGACGAGGUGCCAAGAUUCAAUUCAAGACCCAAGUGGAUGAGUUCGAGAAGCGGCUAACUGCGGUCCACACGCGCGGCUUGGAAAAUGUGGAAAGCCCUGAAAUGGAUGAGGAGAACCCAAAAGUGGCAGGAUCUUCUGACAAGACACCCAGACAUGCGCCCUUGCCUGGUAGAGGAAGAGCGAGAUCCAAGAGAGGUCAGUCCAAACCAUCAGUUUCCAGCUGUGGCAGCGACAACAGUUUUGUGACUCCUCAAAAGACUCGCAAGUCAAAGAAGCCUGUAAUUACCUUCAGUAGUGAUUCGGAGGAGGACGAAGAGGAUGCUGUGUUGACGGAGAGCGAGACCCCUAAAGUCACUACGCCAAUUGCCCGAACGCCUCGCCGAGCUCGCCUCAGAAACUGAUCCCCCCCCCUUUU